UCUCGCAAAAUUCCAAACAUGUGAUAAUCCAUUCCCGUCUUUAUUUGAUCUUUCCACCUCACACCUUACCUAAUCUCGUCGUCGAUGUCAAUAAUUUCAUAUCGCAACACGUCAAUUCUCCGUUUCCUUUUAAUUUAAUUUCUAUGCAUCGUUUUCCAACUUGGGAACAAAAACAUUAGCCGAAGUCUGAUCGAUUUCGAUAAAGACUGGUCUUUUCGAUCUGAUUAAUUUUGAUUUCAGGACUCUCUCUCACACAGACAUACACACGCACUCUCUUUCUCUCUCUAUCGCUGCUGUUGCGUCAUCCAGUCACCGAAGCGAAUGGCGAAGCGCUCCGAGGCGUUUCCACCAGCGGCUGCGCCGGCGGCGAUCCUUCUUCUCCUGCUCCUGGCGGCCACCUCGCCUCCUGCGGCCUCCGAGUCGAAGUCCGUAGCCAGGGACGGCGCCUCCUGCACAAUGUGCGCCUCCUGCGACAACCCUUGCCAGCCCAUCUACUACCCUUCCCCUCCUCCGCCUCCUCGGAUUCCGGAGACCCCUUCGGCGCCGGGGACUUUCUACUACUACUCCCCGCCUCCACCAUCUGGCGGCGGCGGCGUCUACUACCCUCCUCUGACAGGCAUCUACUUUAAGGCGCCACCGCCGCCCAACCCCUUCAUGCCUUACUUCCCCUUCUACUACUACAGCCCUCCUCCGCCUUCGAAUUCAGCCACCGGCGCCACUGUCGCCUCCAAAUCCAUCCUCUUCUCGGCUUCUCUCCUUUCUCUCUUCUUGAUAUGGUAAAGGCGAUCAGCGUUCGUUCCCCAAAACGCCACCUUGAUCGUGUUGUAAGUCGUAGUCAAUGAUCUCCCGAUCGUUUAUCCGUGAAUUGUAUAAUUCUCAGUUCCCAAUUCUGUACUCUGUCGAAAUGUUUGAUAAAUGAACGAGAUCAUACUCGUGGGAUAAAUCGUGUUGUAUUCAUAGUUAUAAUUAUGUACAAGGACAAAAUGAGCUCGGUUUAGAAGUUUAGUCAUUUA